CUCUCUCUCUCUCUCUCUCUCUAGCGAAGCAAUAUCGGUGAUUUUUUUUCCCUUCUUGUCAAUCUUGAAAAGCUGUUGUUUGCUUCUUAUCCUGCGCAUUUUCUCUAAAAUAUCAGCAGAAAAUGGCAGAUCAGACGAGUGGGAGCAAUGGGAACCAUGGAGUUGUCUUGGAAAUGAAAGACACUUCCAACGCCAAGGAAGAAAUUAGAAGCACUUUCUUCUCUUUUCCCUUCAUUCAAAAGUUGAUCGCAGAGGUCUUUGGGACUUACUUCUUGAUAUUCGCGGGUUGUGGGUCUGUGGCGGUGAACGUGGACUACGACAAGGUGGUGACGCUCCCGGGGAUAUCGAUGGUGUGGGGCUUAGCAGUAAUGGUGCUGGUGUACUCAGUCGGACACAUCUCCGGCGCCCAUUUCAACCCAGCCGUCACCAUUGCUUUCGCCACCUGCAAGAGGUUUCCGUGGAAACAGGUGCCUCCAUAUAUAUUGGCACAAAUUUUGGGAUCAACGUUGGCGAACGGGACACUGCGGUUGCUAUUCACCGGCAAGCUGAACCAUUUCCUUGGGACUCAACCGGCCGGUUCGGAUGGGCAAGCAUUUGUCUUUGAGUUCAUCAUCACUUUUUACCUCAUGUUCAUCAUUUCCGGCGUUGCCACCGAUAAUAGAGCAAUAGGGGAGCUCGCUGGCCUCGCUGUUGGUGCAACCGUUUUGCUCAACGUGAUGUUUGCAGGGCCAGUAACGGGAGCAUCUAUGAAUCCGGCAAGGAGCUUGGGUCCGGCGAUAGUGUUUCACCAUUACGAUAAGCUGUGGAUCUACAUCGUGGCACCAACUGUCGGGGCGAUUGCCGGGGCGUGGAUCUACAACCUGAUCCGAUUCACCGACAAGCCCAUCCGAGAGAUCACCCAGUCCGGCUCUUUCCUCCGAAGCUCCGCCCGAAAUUGCUCUUCUUGAGUCAAACUCAUUCCAACCCGCGGUCAAACUUGCUCUUCUUUUUUUAGUUCUCUUUCGAUUUUUGCUCAUGAUGGAUGCAUUCGUAGUGUGAAGGGUUAUUUUUCUUUACUUUAAUUGAUGGAUUAUUCCCUUCUCUCUGCAGUUGAAAUGUUAACAGUUGUAAUUGUAUUUUGGAAAUUACGUUUCUAAUCAUCCAAACGCUAAUUCCAACCUACUGAAUUCUACAACCUCAGCCGGUUUGCCGACAGGCCCCUUCGAGAAAUCGCCCGGUCCGGUUCUUUCCUCC